GUCAUAUAUCAUAGGUAAUGGUGAACAAUGGUGAAACAACAACAACAACCAAAAAACAAUUAAUAUAAUUUCAAUAUCAUCAAUACAUCUAUAAUCACACGAAUUAAAAUAAAGAAAAAAAAAUGUUUGAAUUGUAUGGAGUGAGCGGUGAUAACAUGGUUUAUCAUUCACCACCACCAAGAAGAAAAGAAGUUGAUAUACUUGAGACAUGCUUGCAAUUAUCAUCACCAGAAUUGAUAAGAAAAUUUCCAAAUGGUGAUACAUUAUUGAAUAAUAUUAAAAGUCAUAAAACAGCCACAACAUUUAAUAAUGAUAAAGUCUAUAAAACAAGAGAAGAAAAUAAAAGUACAACAAGACAUUGGUUUGUUAUGUGUGGAGUAUUUUUUUUUGGCUGUAUAUUAAUUGGUGGAAUUGGCUUACCACUUGCCCUGGAACUGAGAAGCUCACAUUUACUUGAAGCAAGACUUCAAGUUGUCAAAAGAAUAUUAAGUGAAACACCUCUUAUUGAUGGACACAAUGAUUUUGCUUGGAAAUUAAGAAAAUAUUAUGGUAUGCAUAUAAAUAAUUUUUCAUUUGAAAAUGAUUUAUCAAAUGAUACGACAAAUAAAAAUAUCAAAUGGCAAACUGAUUUAUCACGUUUAUAUCGUGGUAAUGUUGGUGCACAAUUUUGGUCAGCAUAUGUACCAUGUGAAGCACAAUUUCUUGAUGCUGUACAAUUGACACUUGAACAAAUUGACAUUGUCAGAAGAUUAACUAAAAAAUAUUCACAUAAAUUACGUCUAGUUACAUCAAGUGAUGAGCUAGAAAAAGCUCAUAAAGAAGGUAUUAUUGGUAGUCUUAUUGGAAUUGAAGGUGGUCACAGUAUUGGUGCAUCAAUGGCUGUGUUAAGAAGUUUUCAUUUACUUGGUGCAAGAUAUAUGACAUUGACACACAAAUGCAACACACCAUGGGCUGAUUCAUCAUCUGUUGAGGAUCCAAAUGAAGAUGCACCACUUGAUUAUCACAGUGAUGGUUUGUCACCAUUUGGAAUAUCAAUUGUCAAGGAACUCAAUAGAUUAGGAAUGCUUGUUGAUUUAUCACAUGUAUCAGUUAAUACAAUGCGUGAUACAUUGGCAAUAACAAAAGCACCAGUUAUAUAUUCACACAGUGCUGCUCGUGCACUUUGUAAUUCAUCCAGUAAUGUAUCUGAUGACAUCUUGAGAAAUUUGUCAUUAAAUGGUGGUCUAGUUAUGAUUAGUUUUGACAGUACACAUCUUAGCUGUAAUGAUAAAGCAUCAAUAUAUGAUAUUAUAGCUCAUAUAAAUUAUAUAAGAAAAAUAGCUGGUGUCAAUCACAUUGGCAUUGGUGCUGGCUACGAUGGAAUCAUAAGCCCACCAAUAGAACUUCCUGAUGUUUCUGGAUAUCCACUGUUGCUAGCUGAAUUAACACGUGAUCGAAGAUGGUCAGCAUUGGAUAUUAAAAAAUUGGUUGGUGGUAAUUUAAUAAGAGUCAUGAAAGAAGUUGAAAUAUAUGCAGCAACAUUGACCAAUCAAUCACCAAAUGAAGAAUGGAUAUCACAGGAUUUAAUUGAAGAAACAUCCUACUGUAAAUAUCAUGACGAAUAAAUUAUUUAUUAUCACUACUGAUGGAGGAAAAAAAAAAAAACAAAAAAAGAAUAAAGUCUAUAUGUUUUUUUAUCUUGGGGAGAAAAAAAAUACAUAAUAAUAAGUGUUGUAUGUAAAUUUAGAAAAAUAAAACUGGUACGAAAUUUUUGUGGUAGUGGCGAAAAAUGAUGAUGAUGAUGAUGUUGCUGAUGAUGCUGUUUGGUUGUUGAUGAUGAUGAUGAUGAUGUUGAUGAGUAAGUGUACAGUGACCGUGAUCGUACAGUGGGGGAUUUUUUUUUAACAGCCAGAUUACACUCGGAUUCAAGUAUCAGUUGACAAGACGUUCAUCAACAGUCAAGUCAUAUAAUCCUCGUUAUACAUUUAAACACGUGCGGGUUUCUAUAUAUUUUAUUUCGAUUUUUAAGCAUUUCUAUCAUCUCUUUGUCUUUCUCUCUCAUUGUCUCUCUUUCACUCCCUCAUUCUUGUUGAUUGAAAAAUUAAAAAAUUUUUAUAAAUAUUAUAGAUAUAAUUAAAAAAAAAUGCAAAGAAAAAAAAAUAUUUCAUGUGUAAUGAUAGAGUAGUAAUUUGAGUUGUAAAAGAUUGUGAUUUACAAAGUUUUUUUAUAUACAUUUAAAAAGAUAAAAAAAAAAAGGUACUACUUGGAUUUAUUUAUUAAUUAAAUUAUUAUCGUGAUGAAUAAAAUAGAAAAAAAAGUAGGCCAAUAUGCAUGAGAAUGACUUGCGUUGUUAGUAAAGUGAAAAUAAAUAUAUUAAAUUAUUAUAGCAAAAAAAGAGAAGAAAUUUUUUUGUAAUCAGUUGACUGUAAAUAAUAAAAAACAGUCAUCUCAAAUUGAUUUUCUUGUAUCUUGUAUUUAUCGUUAAACUUAAGAAAAAAAAAAAAAAAACAAAUUACAAAAUUGUAAUUUUGUAUGUACAUAUAAAAUUGUGAUAAAAUGAUAAUUUCUCUUAAACAUUUAACGUUCUUAUCUUUCUUUUUAAAUGAAUCAUUAACUUAAUUUAAUUAUUUCUCAGUAUUUGAUUUUCAUCUGUACAAUUCAAAAGUAAUUACAACAACAA